UGGCAGGCGACUCAGAGCCGGGAACCUUUCUGCAUCCCCUCUCUUCUCCCCCGCCCGUCUGCCUGCGGCUUAGCCCAGCCCAGCGCCUCUCAACUCCGUGCAUCUCGGCGCAGCGCAGCCUGGCGGAUCCGGACCCAGCGUCUCGCAGCGCAUCCCCAGCCCAGUCCAGCCCAGCCUCGCCUCCUCUAGCCUAACACCAUGGCAGAUGCUUUCGUUGGCACCUGGAAGCUGGUUGACAGCAAGAACUUCGAUGACUACAUGAAAUCCAUUGGUGUUGGCUUUGCCACAAGGCAGGUGGCCAGCAUGACCAAGCCCACCACCAUCAUUGAGGUCAGUGGGGACACCAUCACCAUCAAGACUCACAGCACUUUCAAGAGCACCGAGAUCUCCUUCAAGCUGGGAGUAGAGUUUGAUGAGACAACAGCUGAUGACAGGAAGGUCAAGUCUAUUGUCACACUGGAUGGAGGCAAACUUGUCCAUGUCCAGAAGUGGGAUGGGCAGGAGACCACACUCACUCGAGAGCUCCAGGGUGGAAAGCUCAUCCUGACACUAACUCAUGGCAGCGCAGUCUGCGUUAGGACCUAUGAGAAGGAAACAGCUUGAAGUCAGCCCACCUGCUCACUGUCAAUUCCUCUGCCGACGGCUACCACUGAACUCAACACCAGAUUGCCUCAUUUCUGUACCCCGUCCCCCUCCCCACCCCAGUGUUUUGUACCAAUUGACUCUGGUCAAGGAACCCUCCAGAAAUGGAAAACAUAUGGUGCUGUCCUGGUCCUGGUUGAAGCCCAUUCUGUAUUUUUUUUUUUUAAACUGCAUCUGAUGGCUGGUCCCAAGCCAAUAAAGCAGAUCCCACAGUCAGUCACUCAGAUGCAGCUGCUGCAUUACUGCCUUUGUUGGGGGGGUUUCCCAUAAGUGUGGCCUGGAGUGGCCAAAGAGGCUGCUGGGGCCUGAGUCAGGCCUUGGCCAAGUUGGUCAGGAGCCAAGCCCAAAUGGCAGUGAUUCCAAGCCCGAUGCAGCUGGAGCAGGACCACUGUCUAACGGAUAGACCCAAGGAAUAAAGCAGUCUUCUUGGUACACAUCCCCAAGCCUUCCCUUUCCCUCACUGCUUACCCCUUCUACACCUCAAUUCCUUGGGGUCUCUAAUCUCACCAAAUCACAGUGGGGAGGGGCCUCCACACUGCAGCAAGUUUCCUCUGCAUCCCCAAGAUGGGAGGGGGUCUAGAGACAGGAGCCACCCAAGCAGCCCACUGCCGUCCUGGUACUCUGGCAUAGCCAGGAAGCUUUCCUUACAUUAAGCUGUAGUCUGCUGGCCAUUGGUCCAGACAAGCAUCAUUCCCCUUAAGGCUUCUCUGAUAUACUGGCUUAUGGCAGGAUAGAAAAACUAGCAGUUUCCCAGGCUUAGCUACAACCUUUUCUGUCAGAUCUCUAAUUCUCAGUGCAGGAUGCUCAUGACAGGGCCUGGCUUUCCUGAGCCCCUUAGCCUUUUAUUUCACUGGUGGGUGCUCCCUGCCCAGACUUCAUAGUGAUGUGUUAACAGAAGGCUCCAAGCUCAGCCACUUCCACUGGGCAAUGCUUAUCCAGGUUGGGGAGGGGGAUGAGGGAGUCAGAACUUUGAGGGAGUUCCGACUUUGGUUUUUGUUAAACCAUUCCGAAGCAUUAAAGGCUCACUCCUCCUGUCAUCUUCCCUAUCCUGCCACAUACUUCCAGAGAAUGGAAGUUGUUUGCUAAUUAAAAGGGAAAUGUGUUAUACUAAAAGGUUGGGGAAUCCUAGGAAGGCUGGCUGUGGGACAGCGACCUGCUAAAACUGACUCCCUCUCUAAGGGAAGCCUCCACAACAAACACAGGGAAGGACCAGCAUCUAGCAGGGCAGACCCUGUAAAUUACCCAGAUAUGCAGGUUAAAGCUAUGAAAUUCCAGAAGAUGGUAAGUUUUUUAGAAAAUCUCCACCUUCAUAAAUUGUUUUUUGGAGAUUAGGUCUCAUGAUCUUGCCUAGGCUGGGAGUGCAGCAGCCACUCCUGGACCCAAUCCAACUACUGAUAAGCAGCACAGAAGCUGUGGCCUGCUCCUCCCCAACCUGGGUGAGAUCACUCUUCCUCAGGCAGCCUGGUAGCCCAGGGGUUCCUCACACUGGUCCCUGACUCAGUGUGGCCCUCCUGCAGCUCAGAAGUCCAGAGAUCAUAUGAUCCAUCGGCCUCCCUAAAAGUGUGG